AUGGGUGGCUCUCCAAAAUGGUUUUCUUUGGGUCUUCUCACCCUCUGUGUUGUGCUCCAUUUGAGUUCUAUCGCUCUGGGAGAUGACAAGCUUGAUAAGAAUGGGUUUAGGGAUGAUGACUGUCGUUGGGGAAGGCGCUGCGGCGGCAGAUUCGGAGGACGUGGACCGCGCUUCGGCAGGGGAGGCGGUUUUGGCGGCGGUAGAGGUGGUGGAUUUGGUGGUGGUAGGGGAGGAGGACUUGGUGGUGGAUCGGGUGGAGGGAUUGGAGGUGGCGGUGGAGUAGGUGGCGGUGCUGGAGGUGGUGUUGGUGGUGGCGGUGGGUUUGGAGGUGGUGGAGGAGGUGGAUUGGGAGGUGGUUCAGGUCAUGGUGGAGGAUUUGGAGCUGGAGGUGGCGUUGGAGGUGGUGCUGGAGGAGGAGUCGGGGGUGGAGGUGGGUUUGGUGGAGGCGGCGGCGGUGGUAUUGGUGGUGGAUCUGGUCAUGGUGGAGGUUUUGGAGCCGGAGGAGGAGUUGGUGGCGGUGUUGGUGGAGGCGCUGAGGUGGAGGUGGAGGUGGAGGUGGAGGAGGAGGUGGUGGCGGCGUUGGUGGUGGUCAUGGUGGGGGAUUUGGAGCUGGUGGAGUGUUGGUGGAGGAGUUGGUGGUGGUGCAGGAGGAGGAGGUGGUGGAGGCGGCGGUGGUGGCGGCGGCUUGGUGGUGGGUCUGGCCAUGGUGGAGGCUUUGGAGCUGGUGGAGGUAUGUGGUGGUGUCGGCGGAGGUGCCGGAGGUGGAGGUGGAGGUGGAGGUGGAGGAGGAGGUGGUGGUGGUUUGGGAGGAGGUUCUGGUCAUGGAGGUGGAUUUGGAGCCGGUGGUGCAUUGGAGGUGGAGCCGGUGGAGGAAUUGGAGGUGGUGGAGAAGCCGGAGGUGGUAGCGGUGGUGGUAUAGGUGGAGGUUCUGGGCAUGGGGGUGGAUUUGGUGCUGGUGGAGGGAUUGGAGGAGGUUCUGGAGGUGGCUGA